GUGGUUUGCACAGGAUUACAAGGAUGAGAUAGAAGUUAUCGAAGCCAUAGUGGAGUCUGUGUGCAGUAAAAUCUACACGGCUGGUUUUGAAGUAUUUGAUGCACCAAGACGAGCCAUGGAUGAGGUCAUGAAGGCACUAAAAGAUGAGGAGGUCACUGCCAUUGGGGUCUACGGGGUAGGAGGCGUUGGAAAAACAACCAUGGUUCAACAAGUAUGUGCAAAAGUUUGGGAUGAGUGGAUGUUCCAUCAUGUGGUUAAGGCUGUUGUAUCCAAAAACCCUGACUUGAGAAAAAUUCAAGGCACAUUAGCAGAUAUGUUGGAAUUAGAAUUGGAGGAGGAGACAGAAAUUGGAAGAUCCCGUAGAUUGAUGCAGAAGAUAAGGGGAGGAAGUAGGAUCCUUAUAAUAUUGGACGACAUUUGGGAGAGCAUAGAUCUGUCCAACAUAGGGAUUCCCAGCUAUGACGAGCUUCAAAGAUGCAAUUCCAAAGUCCUACUCAUCACAAGGACACAUAAUGUUUUAUAUGCCAUGGAGUGUCAGUCAAACAUUUGUCUUGAUGUCUUGUCAGAAGAAGAUUCUUGGACAUUGUUUAUGAACAGAGCAAGAAUGUCCUUUGAAUCGACCAAUUUUUAUGAUGUUGCAAGGAAGGUAGCUAGAGAAUGUGCUGGUCUUCCAAUUGCACUGAUAGCGGUUGCGAAGGCACUUGGUGAUAAGGAGGAUAACUGGAAGGAAGCAGCUCAACGGUUAAAGGCUUCUCAGCCUGCGAAUCCUGAAGAUGGGAAGGUCGUGUUCAAUUGUAUAAAAUUAAGUUAUGAUUACUUAGGUUCUGAUGAUGCCAGGUCUUGCUUCUUGCUUUGUUGCCUAUUCCCAGAAGACUAUGAUAUCCAAAUUGAAGAUUUGCUCAAGUAUGGGAUGGGGAAAGACUUGUUUCAAGAUUCCAGCACAAUGCAAGAUGCCAGAGCUAGUGCGCAUUCGGUGUUCAAGUACCUUAGAGAUUGUAGCUUGCUUUUGGAAUCUGAACAGGACGGAUGUGUAAAGAUGCAUGACGUCAUCCGGGAUGUGGCCAUAAGGAUUUCAUCAUCUGAGGAUGGGCAAUUGAUUUUUGUACAAGCUGGUUGUCAAUUAAAGGAAUGGCCAGCUAUGGGUGCACAUGAAAGCUACUCUGGGUUGACCCAAAAAGAAGCAGAAGACUACUCUGCUAUCUCACUAAUCAAGAAUAAAAUUUGCAAGCUUCCUGAAAAGUUGGUAUGUUGGAAACUCCUUAUUUUAUUUCUGCAAAGUAAUGUCUGCUUGGCUGAGAUCCCCGAAAAUUUCUUUCAAAGUUUGAAUAUGUUGAGGGUAUUAGAUCUAAGCCAAACCAGAAUUUCUUUACUACCCACAUCAUUCAAUCUCUUGAUCAACCUCCACACCUUGUGUUUAGAUGGCUGCUUGUCAAUCAUAAAUAACAUAUCCAUACUCGGAAAAUUAGAGAAACUUGAGAUUCUUAGUAUGAGAGAACUUCCACUUCUGGAACUGCCGAAGGAAAUAGGACAACUGAGUAAUCUAAGGAUGUUGGAUAUCACUGGUGAAUAUGUUGACAUAGUUCCCUCUGAAGUGAUUCGGAACCUUCAUAAGUUAGAAGAACUAUACAUGCAGUGUAAUUUUGCAGACUGGAGGAGUGAAGUUGGGAAACUGCCGAAAGAAAUAGGACAACUGAGUAAUCUAAGGAUGUUGGACAUCACUGGUGAGUAUGUUGACAUAGUUCCCUCUGAAUUGAUUCGCAACCUUCCGAGGUUAGUAGAAUUGUCCAUGCAGUUUGCGGACCGGAGGAGUGAAGUUGGGAAACUGACGAAAGAAAUAGGCCAUCUGAGUGAUCUAAGGAUGUUGGACAUCACUGGUAAAUAUGUUGAUAUAGUUCCGUCUGAAGUGCUUCGCAACCUUCCUAAUUUUGUAGACUGGAGGAGUGAAGUUGGGACUGAAGUGAGUGGGAGCAAAGUUGAUGAAGCAGGGGAAGAAAAUAUUGCUGCCUUUGAUGAGUUAACUAGCUUGUCACGUUUAAAUAUUUUGAAGGUUUUCAUAUCUGAUGCAAACUGUUUGCCUAAAGUUGUUGGGGUUGAGCCGAAAUGGAUAAGCUUUGAUAUAUGUGUAAGUGGAAACUCGUCAAUCAGAAAAGUGUCCUUGGUUUCAAAUUCUUCACCCGGUUAUACAAGAGCCUUGAUUCUUGGUACAACCAUUAGUGCCUUGCCGGGUUGGUUUAUCAAUGCAGUGACAACAAAAGCAGAGAAACUACAGUACUUAACUUGUUGGGGAUUAGAUAACAUUCUUGUGGAAUAUGACCGUGGAAGAUUACAUGCACUGAAAUAUUUCUCUGUAAUUGGCCCCAGUGAGAACUUGAAAGUCUUGAUGAACACAACAACACGAGUUCAAAAUGAACCUGUGUUUCCGAAUCUGGAGGAGUUGCAUCUCAUUCAAGUGGAUUGCCUGGAGGAGUUAUGUUUUGGUGAAUUACCACCCGGGUCUCUAUGCAAUCUUAGGCUAUUGAAGGUGAAACAUUGUUAUGAAUUGGUGGAUGCGCUUCUAACAUCACAGUUGCUACAGAGAUUACAAAAUUUGGAAAAACUUAUUUGCGAAGAGAUGGAUGAAUUGGAAUAUGUUUUUGGAUCUGAAGGACUUGAGCCUGAACAGAUUGAUUUGACAGAAUUGAAAGAGAUGAGAUUGGAGAAUCUAGGGAAAUUAAUAAAGAUAUGGAAUGGUCCUGCUCCUUGUACCAUUUUCCAAAACCUUCAGAGUUUGGUAGUUUCUAAGUGCUUUGAACUGAAAAAUCUCUUUACAGCUGAUGUAGCUCAGUAUCUUUUGCAAUUGGAAGACCUUUCAGUAGAGUGUUGCCCAUUAUUGGACAGAGUUAUUGAGGCAAGCAAUGAAACAAUGGACAGCGAGAUUAUUUUUCCAAAGUUGAAGAACUUAGCUUUGGUAAAGCUACCACAACUCACAGCGUUUUACGGUAAUAAUGAAAGUGCUACUGAGUGCCCUUUAUUGGAGUACUUGAAUGUGGAAAGGUGCCCCAUGUUCUCAACAUCUGGCUUCACAGCAAGAACAACGUCCAACUUAAUCAGCAACAACAUUUGGACACUGUACAAAGAAGCUGGACCAUCAUCAACAGCUCCUUGCUGA